GUCAAACUGCCAAGCGUCCAUUUUUUCACAGCGACGGGGUCGUUAGCGCUUUUUCCUAUUUGUUUCCUAGUGAAGAGAUAUCGGCUAGAAGUGGUGCAGAAAAAGGGCUGUGGUGGUCCGGAAAAGCAACUAGAACCGUUUAGCAUUGUUGUCCGCGUUGUGUUUAGCUUGAGCAGCAUUGUUUUCCUUCGCCAUCGGAUCGGAAGCGAGAGUGUUGUAACCGAGUCGGUGUUCCUCCCUGGCGCGUGCGUUUGAUCCCUCAUUCAUACGGCGUUGAGUCAAGUUCCACCCGUCGUCCGUGUCCUCGCGUUUCGUCUGCCGUUCGCUGCCGCUUUUCCGUUGGUGAGCACGGGUAGUGAUGGAUAACGACAGCGAUCAAAACAAUCGCGACCGUUCACGACGUGGCGAUCGACGCAGCGGUGCCGGCUCACGCUUCAGCAACGACCGUGACCGGAGCCGCGAUCGGGAGCGUAGCGAUUGCCGGCGAAUCUACGUCUCGAACGUGCCGUACGAGUAUCGGUGGCAGGAUCUGAAGGAUCUGUUCCGCAAAGAGGUCGGUGAUGUGUCGUUCGUUGAGCUGUUUCACGAUGAGAACAAUAAGCCGCGGGGAUGCGGUAUCGUAGAGUUCGAAAAGCCGGAACACGUCCAGAUGGCCCUGGAAAAGAUGAACCGCUACGACAUCAACGGCAGAAAUUUGGUCAUCAAGGAGGACUACGGCAACGAGCGGGACAAGUAUGGGCGGGUUGUGCCGAAAUCAUUCCGCGGCAACGACAACGACAACCGCCGUCGGGACCGUGACGAUGAUCGAAUGUCUGGACCAUCGCACGGUGGUAGCGGUGGCGGUGGUGGUGGUGGCGGCGGCGGCGGCGGCGGUGGCGGUGGUAUUGUCGGUGGCGGCGGAAAUGUGGGUGGCGGUGUCCUCGGCGGUGGCAAUCUCGGUGGCGUCAGUGUCGGUGUUGGUGGUAGUGAUUUUUCGCAGGAUUACAAUACGUACGGUCUGAGCGUAAAGUUCUUGGAGGGUUUAGGCAUUCAAGGGCCGUUGCAUACGAAGAUCUUCGUCGCCAAUCUCGACUACAAGGUCGAUGCGAAGAAGCUGAAGCAGGUGUUCAAGUUGGCCGGCAAAAUCCAGAGUCUCGAUCUGUCCGUCGACAAGGAUGGGAACAGUCGGGGGUUCGCCGUCAUUGAGUACGACCAUCCGGUCGAGGCGGUCCAGGCCAUCUCGAUGUUUGACCGGCAGAUGCUUUUCGACCGUCGCAUGACCGUCCGGCUGGACCGUCUGACGGAGAAGAGCGAGAUGAGCCGGCUGCCCGAGGGGCUCAAAGGCAUCGGUAUCGGAUUGGGUCCGAACGGUGAGCCGCUCAAGGAUGUGGCCCGCAAUCUGCCCUCGCUGCAGCAGCAGAACACGGCCCUGCAGAGUGCCACGCUGUCGAAUGCGGCGCCGACCCCGGUCCAGCCUCCGCUGACCGCAAGCAAUUUGCUCAACUCGGCCGCCACCAGCAAUCUGUCCGGGUUGAACUCAAAUCUGGCGGCACAGCUCAGCAACGUGGUUGGGCUGUCGAAUCUAACCGGUGGUUUGCAGAGCUCGCUGCUGUCAAACGCGGCGGCCGGUCUGACGAAUCUUAGCGGUCUGGGAAGCUUGGGUGCGGCAGCGGCUGCUGCAGCGGGUGGCGUUGGCGGUGGUUUGGGCGGUGCUGGCGGUGGUCUGGGCGGUGGGCUCGGUAACAGCUUGUCCAGUGCGCUCAGUGGUCUCGGCGGUUCCGGUAAUGAUGUUGGGCUCGGUUCUAGCUUCAACCAGAGCUACUCGUCCGGCUUCGGUAACGGUGGCUCCAAUCGGGGCAACGACUACGACAUGGGAUCGUCGAACGUGCGCAACUACAGCACAGCGCCGAACGACGACUAUGGCCGCAACUACGGUGGCCUCAACAAUGGCAAUCGCAAGAUGUCCGACACGAUCAUCAUUCGCAACAUGCCUCCUUCCUGGACUUGGCAAACGCUGCGCGAUAAGUUCCGCGACGUCGGGGAGGUAAAGUUUGCCGAAAUCAGAGGACAGGACACCGGUGUCGUUCGUUUCGCCAAGGAGCGUGAUGCCGAUGUUGCCAUAAAACUUAUGGAUGGGACUCGCUUCGAAGGACGAACGGUGGACGUGAAUUUCUUUUAGAUUAAAGGGACGUAUAGCUUUCCAUUUUAUUUCUCCCCAUUCGCAUCCGCAUCAUCCAUGUCGACAACGAGCUGUUUGUCGGUCUUGUGUGUGUGUGUGUAAAGUGGCAAUUUUCUGCACCAUUUCUAUUGGAAGGAUUUUUCUUUGUACAAUAAUUUUCCUUGAAUGUUACAAAAACCGGGGGCGUUCGCGAUUAGGACUCCGCGAGUCUCCCGCCACACGGUAGGGGACAGAUGUAUUGUGGGGGAAUGAUGUCGAGUCCUUUCUUUGUAAUAAUCGGUUAUUAGUUUAGGCCCUCUUUGACGACGUUCCUCCAAGGCGUUUAGCGAGCAAUUGUAACCAGAACAAUCUCCAUCGCAAAACAGGUUAGAUGUUUAGGUUGGCAUUUAAAUCGUUUGGACAGCAAAUUGACGCACCGGGCGCAGCACAGUUCACAUCCAGAUCUCUCUCUCUCUCUUUCUUUCACUCCAAAAACUGCGUCGACUAUUUUCCAAACAGAUGUCGCUAUUCGGUUCCGGAAUGUUAUCCCCCCCCCUUGGUUCAGGGCACUACCUACUUGCUCAAGUCAUAAAUAUUCGCGGUACGAUGGUUCCGCCGGUUUUGGUUUUGUUGUUGUUGGGUUGUCGUUGAUUGGACUUUCACGCUGUCUUUCUCACGGACUGUCGACAAGCACAUGUAUUACACAUGCAUCCGUAUUCGCUCAUGGAAGUUCUCUGUAGAUUCGUAAAAACGUGAGCAACGCACCACAGCAAUAAUCCAAACAAGUAAAAACACCGCGCGUCAUUCGAAGAGCUUCUAGUUUUAUUCGGCGAAGUUUGUUAGGGAUAUGGAUUCCGAGAAGCUUAAGGACGUUUUAACAUACCUCUCUUCUAGCCCGUGUUGAGCAAAAGCAAAAGCAAUCAGUGUCCGUGAGGGAAGUGAAUUUCGAAUUUCGGGGUGUAAUUCGCUACAAUAAUACAGUGGGUAAGCACAGGUAUCUAGCACGUAAAGAACUAAUGACACCACGUCGUCGUACACCACGGCAAACAGUCGCAUCAUCUGCUACUACACAUUCUCUACCGUUAGACAAACCAGCAGCAUCAUCAAACCUAAUAAUAUGCUAGUGUCAUAUGUUUCAUUGUAGGAAACAUUUUAAUCGACCCAUUAAGCGUCAAGUCAGUGGCGUGCAGUAAUUGCGCAGAAAAUAAACGACGUUCAGUUUUAACAAAGUACAAACUACAAAGUAA